AUGCAGGCGAGACGGUCGGGAGCCAUCAUAGCUACUGAUAAGAAAAUAGCAGGAGGCAAUAACAAAGCUCAUCAGAGUACAGACCACCAGCGAAUAGCCAAGAUUGACCGAGAGAACGAAGUCGCACCCCCUUCCAAAGUCGCGCCUUCUGUCGGCCGUGCCAUCCAAACAGCUCGCAUGGAACUGAAGUUGGCUCAAAAAGACCUUGCUCAGAAGGUUAACGAAAAGCCCUCCGUUAUCCAAGACUACGAGUCGGGAAAGGCUAUCCCCAAUCCUCAAAUUCUCGGUAAACUUGAGCGAGCACUCGGUGUUAAACUUAGAGGUUCCAACAUUGGGGAAAAGCUGGGGGGUCCGAAGAAAUCGUAA